CUCGCUUUCAUUUCGGCUGGUAGUUCGAUUUGGUUGUUUGUUCGUAUAUUACUGACGACAUUGUUCCCUACGUUAAUUCGCAAUUUGUACUCAUGUUGGUUCACGUCGGUCAGCAACCAGAAUGUCUCUUGCUCACCAUGAUCGGAAUGUUAGUUUCCGCUGUUACAGUAUAUCACCAUCGUCGAACGCAGCAUACUGUCAUCCUGACCAGUUGCUAUUGGCAUAACAUCUACUCGGGUGUCGCUGAAUUGGAUUCGGAGAAAAAAGUGCGGUUGCUGCUCCAAACAUCAUUGACUUUUUGUGACUGGGACGAAAACCCUUUUGAGAAGUGCUUCAGAGGCUUGCAACAGCUCGUUGGCUCGUCGAUGAUUUCGUCGGCAUUUACGACGAGUAUUUCGCAGAGGCUGAAUCAAGUGGUUACCUGGAAGGUAGCAGAAAGUGGGGAGAAAGAAAUAGCACAAGGAAGAAGACGAGGACGGAUGCAAGCGGAGAUCGGAAGAGACAGGAAGAGAUGGAAAUAUUCUAGGGUGCGCGCAUAGGAGCGUAUACAUGGACGCGCCCCAUAUAAUCCCGGCGAUGCCUCUCGAGCCUUCUCUCCGCCUUGGAGAUCAUCCUUGAUCCGCGUCGAGGAGUCAUUUUUAUGCAACUACGAGCGCUUGUCAUUGCGUUUCGUUGCAAGCACCUAUAUGCGGCUUCAUAGACGGAAGAUAGGAAGAUUCCUCAAUUUAUUCAGAUCACUCGCUAACAUUUAUAACAUUUGUG